AUGUAUGAGACUAUCCCUGGAAACGAGGUAUACGGACCUGGUACCUUCAUCGACAAGUCCGUCCUCCCCGUACCGGAAGAUGCCCGUCGAAUCUUUGAACUGCUGGCAUCACGAACACCCGGUUUCACAAAAGAUAGUGCAUUAUGGGAUACUGUCAGCUUUGAAGGCCGGCCGGACCCUAUGGUCCCUGGUCCGAUGAAGUCCCCCGUCGUAACAGCUGCUCUGCAUGCUAUGUGCGGGCUAGUUGGCAACGAACUUCUUGAGCUACGAGAUGGCAAGCCCGCUAAAGAAGCCAGCGUGACUGUCAACACAGAUCAUGCUGGAAUCUGGCUUGCAUCGACCUUUACAGCAUUCGUGAAUGGCAAAGACAUCUCGGCUCUUGCACGGGCCCGCGAACUCUCCAAGAUCUUCGACAGGGACUUUGAGAAGGGCUUCGGUGUCGGUCCAUUGGCUGGCCGAGCCACUGCACUGUAUCCCACCAAGGAUUCUGGGGUAUGGUAUCAACUCCACGGAUCGCUGGAUGCGAGAAAGACACUCUGCUCGAUGGGAAUCAACAUGGAUGUGCCAUUGAAAUCCUUCCAGGAGGGAUAUGAAUAUAUUCGGGAACAUGUCCAGAAAUGGAGUCCUGAUGAACUUGAAAUGCAUAAUGUUAGAAAUGGAUUAUGUGGGAGUAUCUGCUACUCACCCGAAGGCUGGAGGAAGACUGAAAUGGGAAAGAGGCUUGCGGAAUACCCUCUCGUGAAUUAUAAGCGCGAGUCAUAUGCGCAACCGACGCCGUCGGUUCCCUUGAGUCAACUUCCUGAUCGUCGCCCUCUGGCUGGGAUCAAGGUUGUGGAAAUGGUUCGGAUUAUCGCUGGUCCCACCGUUGGGGUGAUUCUGGCAUCAUUUGGUGCGGAUGUCAUCCGUGUCAACUGUAGUAGACUGGCAGAUUUGAAUGUCCUCCAAUUAACGCUCAACGCCGGAAAACGCACAAUCGAUCUUGAUAUUGGAAAAGAGGAGGAUAUGGCCCGACUCAAGGAGCUUGUCGGCGAUGCAGACGUGUUUGUCCAGGGCUUCCGUUACGGGUCACUAGACCGGAAGGGGCUUGGUCUGCAAAGCAUGCUGGAUAUGGCAGCCAGAAGAAACAAGGGCAUUGUUUACGUCGAUGAAAACUGCUACGGUCCAUCUGGACCAUUUGCCGAGAGACCCGGCUGGCAGCAGAUCGGGGAUGCCGCAUCGGGUGCGUCAUAUGUGAUGGGCCGGUCAUUGGGAUUCGAUGAAGGAACAAGUGUUCUUCCACCGCUGCCAAUCUCUGAUAUGACUACUGGCGUUGUCGGUGCUCUUGCCACAAUGUUGGCUAUCCGGGACAGGGCUCAGAAAGGAGGCUCAUAUCACGUCGUAAGCUCGCUUGUGGCGGGAGAUGCAAUUCUGGUGGACCCUGAAGUUGGCCUCUAUCCCGUUGAAGUGGUACAAAAAACUGUGGAUACGUUCAAAUUCGCGCGCUCGUCUCCGGACCAGUUCGUGUCGGAAAUUAUGAUCCAGGUUAUUGAUGGGUGGAAACGGGUUUUCCCAGAAUAUCUUGCACAAAAUUCUCCAUUUAUGAUGAGCUUUGAAGAUAGCCCAUGGGGACGGAUGGAUAUGCUGAGGCCUGUGGCCAAACUAGACGACAAGGACGCAAGUCCUAUUUGGAAGAAUGCCCCUGUUCCAAAUUGCCAUCAUGAUCAAAGCAUCACCUGGCUUGAUCAUGUCGCAAGACCUUCUGGGUUGUCAUAUUAG